UGCAACGAACAUUUCACAACCGAGCAAUCUACCCAGCUGUAUCAACUCUGUGCAAUCGCCGCCAGUCCUCAAGAUGUCGGCCCCUCAGAGUGUACAGUGCUUCGGCAAGAAGAAGACCGCUACAGCGGUCGCCCAUUGCAAGAAAGGCAAGGGCCUCAUCAAAGUCAACGGUCGACCUCUCUCUCUCGUCCAACCGGAAAUCCUGCGCUACAAGGUCUACGAGCCGCUCCUGAUUGUCGGUCUCGACAAAUUCGCCGAUGUUGACAUCCGUGUCCGUGUCACCGGUGGUGGUCACACCUCCCAGAUCUACGCCAUCCGCCAGGCCAUCGCAAAAUCAAUCGUCGCUUACUACCAGAAAUUCGUCGAUGAGUACACGAAAAACCAAUUGAAGCAGGCCUUGGUGCAAUACGACCGCACGCUCCUGGUGGCCGAUAACAGACGGUGUGAGCCCAAGAAGUUUGGUGGGCCAGGCGCAAGAGCGCGGUACCAAAAGUCGUAUCGUUGAAUGGGGUCCUGGCUUUGGGGAGAGACUUGUUGGCGGUGGUCGUCGUGGUGGCAUCUGUGCUGUUGUUUGGAACGUGCAUGGAAUGCUUGCGGUUGUGCUACUUGUGGAACCGUGAAGAGAACAUGGCGGCCAGUUGCCAGGGAGGAAGAAUGGUGCGAAGAUGGAAGGCAUUGAACCUGUUCCGACACACAUAGGAAAGGAGCGUCAUCCGGCUGGAGAAGCUGAUGAGAUUUCGAUUCCGCCUGCCACGGGUCACUCAUCGGGGCGCAACGGCUUGUGAUCGGGGUAUGCAGCCAAAGUGCAAACCAAGAAAUCAAUUUCUCGUUCAAAAGA